AUGGCAGUGGCAAGACCGGUGAGGUUCCUAGGGGCUCUAUCAAUUCUUUUGGUAUUCUUCUUGAUCUACCAAUUGACGCGAUCGGUGGCUCCUAUACCACCGCCGCCGUCCCAGAACAAUGGGGACACCAUCGAGAACAUGGAGAGGGAUCCUCUGCUAGACCCAAUAGGAGAACCCCCCGAACCCCUCUGGCGCCACACCGAUCACGACUACUCUCCCAACAACCCCAACUCCCCCCGACUCAAUGCCACCCUUCUCUCCCUCGUCCGCAACAGCGAGCUCCACGAGCUCCUCCCCACCAUGCGCCAACUCGAAGAAACAUGGAACCACAAAUACAACUACCCCUGGUCUUUCUUCAACGACGAGCCCUUCACCGAAGAAUUCAAGACCAAGACCGCCGCCUUGACCAAAGCCAAAGUCUACUACCACGAGAUCCCCAAAGAGCACUGGGACACACCCGCCUGGAUCAACAACGACCUCUACGAAGAGUCCGCAAAGAUUCUCAAGGAGAACAACGUGCAGUACUGGGACGUGCCCUCCUACCACAAGAUGUGUCGCUGGAACAGCGGGCUGUUCUACGAGCAUCCUGCGCUGAAGGACUUUCAGUGGUACUGGCGGGUCGAGCCGAAGGUGCAGUUCUUCUGUGAUGUCGACUAUGAUGUAUUCCACUACAUGCAGGAUCACAACAAGACGUAUGGGUUCAACAUCAACCUCUACGACUCGCCCGAGAGCAUACCUACGCUCUGGCCGGAGACGAUCAAGUUUCUGGCCGCGCACCCGGAGUAUUUGCAUAAGAACAACGCGAUGGCGUGGCUGGUCGAUAAUGAAAGGCGGCCGGAGCACAAUAUGAAGGCGCAUGGGAGUCAGGCGUAUAAGGACUACUUCAACCAUUUGGAUCGAGCGGGUGGGUUCUUCUAUGAAAGGUGGGGUGAUGCGCCGGUGCAUAGUAUCGCGCUGGGGUUGUUUGAGGAUGCGUCGAAGAUUCAUUGGUUCAAGGACAUCGGCUACAACCACGUGCCGUUUUUCAACUGUCCGAACUCGCCCAAGUGCAAGCGUUGCAAGCCAGGCCAGUUCUACGCUGGAGAGUCUUGGCUGCAGAGGGAGGACUGUCGUCCAAACUGGUUCAAGUAUGUUGGCACAGGAUAA